AUGGAGAGGUUAACCCGGUUGAAUCACUUCUUAGUUAAUAUGCGCUGGGAUUUUUACGAGGGAGUGAUUCAGGCCGGAUAUAUUAGGAACCUCCAGCGAGAAUUGGAUCAUACUCCCGCGGAACUCCUCGGGAGCAAACUGGACCUUAUUUUUUUUAGGGAAUCGCUUAAUUUAUCUACGUACGUUAAUAACUGGUAUAUGCAGAAUUUGGGCGUUCCUGGCCCUGUCAAUUUUAUUGAAAAAUAUCACGACGCCUGUUUUUCUAACUAUAUGAAACUUAUGGAAAUCCCCUCCCCACUGGACCAAUUUGAGAUUGUCCCAUUGAUUCCUAUGCAUAUCGGAAACUUCUAUUUCUCAUUCACAAAUCCAUCUUUGUUCAUGCUGCUAACUCUGAGUUUUUUCCUACUUCUGAUUCAUUUUGUUACUAAAAAGGGAGGAGGAAACUUAGUCCCAAAUGCUUGGCAAUCCUUGGUAGAGCUUCUUUAUGAUUUCGUGCUGAACCUGGUAAAGGAACAAAUAGGUGGUCUUUCCGGGAAUGUGAAACAAAUGUUUUUCCCUUGCAUCUUGGUCACUUUUCUUUUUUUGUUAUUUUGUAAUCUUCAGGGUAUGAUACCUUAUAGCUUCACAGUGACAAGUCAUUUUCUCAUUACUUUGGCUCUCUCAUUUUCGAUUUUUAUUGGCAUUACUAUAGUGGGAUUUCAAAGACAUGGGCUUCAUUUUUUCAGCUUUUUAUUACCCGCAGGAGUCCCACUGCCGUUAGCACCUUUUUUAGUACUCCUUGAGCUAAUUUCUUAUUGUUUUCGCGCAUUAAGCUUAGGAAUACGUUUAUUUGCUAAUAUGAUGGCCGGUCAUAGUUUAGUAAAGAUUUUAAGUGGGUUCGCUUGGACUAUGCUAUGUAUGAAUGAUAUUUUCUAUUUUAUAGGGGCUCUUGGUCCUUUAUUUAUAGUUCUUGCAUUAACCGGUCUGGAAUUAGGUGUAGCUAUAUUACAAGCUUAUGUUUUUACGAUCUUAAUCUGUAUUUACUUGAAUGAUGCUAUAAAUCUCCAUUAA